AUGAGGUUGAAUGCUUGCGUCCACAAAAUGACGCCCAUGAUGGCAUUCAAUCAGCAUGCGAAACAGAGCAGCUCCAUUGCGACGCAAAAUUUUAAAAGUACCAUAGAGUCAAGCCUCAAAUGGUUUAGAAAGCAGGACGACUUUAUAAUAGAAUGUCGUCUUCUCAAGACAUCUCAACACGGUACCAUUCGUCGAAGUUACAGCUCAAAGGCAGAAGAGAGUGGUGACAAUCGAAAACAAAAGGAGAGCGACAACAACUGCGUGAAUAAGUUAGCAACGCCUCCGAAACAGAAUUCGCUAAACCCCGAAACCAUAAGAACUUCCAAGUUACUCGGCCAAUUCUAUAGCUCUUUAACUCAACGCGAUCUCCCCAAUACCUGGAGAGCAUACGAAGAACUUAUUCGCGAAUCAAAAAUUCAAUAUCUAACUCGGAACGACUUCAGGCAUGUAAUUGAACUGAUCACGCAGAAUGCAUCGGAGAGAUCAGAAAACUUUCGUCGUCUUACGAUAGUAAUCGACGACAUGAAAUCGCGUCAAUUCAACAUAGCGCGAUACGACUUUCACGCGAUCAUUUCUUAUUUCGCACGUUCCGGUCACCGCAUCGGACGAAGGGAUGUCAUAAGAGCCUUAUCGAUGUUUUAUAUAAUGAAAAAUUUGGCGGAGGUGCGACCAAACAUUACGACCUAUAACGUUAUGUUUAAUAUUGCCGUCAAGGCUUCUCAGUUUGAAAUCGCGCUACGAUUAAUUCACGACAUGACCAAACAAGGCUUGAAACCCGGUGUGAAAAUAUUCACCUCGCUCAUUCACAAUCUUGCGACAAAAUGCGAAUUUGCCAAACUGACGAGAACUCUGGAUCUGAUGUCGAAAUUUGGAAUAAGUCCGGACUCCCAUACGUGGAACACCGUGAUCUGGGCUCACAUGAAGUCGGGAGAUCUAAAAUCCGCCAUGUCCGUAUACUCGAAAAUGAUCUCUCAAGUGAAGAAACCAAAGAUGAUCGAACAACAUGCCGAAUGUCUGCCCACCCUUCCCACCUAUCACACCCUCUUGCCGGCGAACAUAGCACGGGAAGAGUGGGAAAGCGCGAGGAGGCUGUACGACGAUAUGAAAUUCUUCAAUGUAAAUCCAACCACCGAAAGUUACAACGUCAUUUUUUGUAAAUUUGCAUCCGUAUUGAGGGAACAUCAAAAUUUGAUGUUGGGCGAACGAGAGCGUGGGACCAUCAAAGAUCUCGUGGAUUACAUAUUUGAGGAUAUGAAAAAACGCGAGCAAGUCAUUCCCGCACCCAUAACAUUUAAUUAUUUAUUGUACUCUUAUUUACAAUUAGGCGAUUUUAAGAAAGCUUCUGAAAUAUUUCAAGUAAUGAAAAAUAACAAUUGGAGGAUUAAUAAAGUACUUUUCAGUGAUCUCCAAAAUUCAACCUUCACAGCCAAUUGA